AUGCAUCAUCACUUUUCCUGCUAUGCUGAACAUACGCUGCUGAAAAUCACGAAUUUGGCACGCCUGUCGCGUAUCCGUGCCGGACAACCCAACCGGUGUGAAUCAAAGAAUUCCGCAGUCCACUCUCCAUUCGACCUGGACAAUCUCAUAUUGUAUCCGGUGCCAGCUGGGGCUGAGCGACAGAAAACCACAUUCGAGGCCAGCCCCGAAGCUGCUGCUGUUCGCAUGAGGCCGACAGUCAAUGUAACCGUUAUACCGCAUGUCACGACCUUUUCGAACGGUCCGAACAUCACCAACUAUUCGACUUUGACUCAGACCGAGACGAUAUACGUGGUAGGGGAUAAUAUCACGGCGACAAACUUGGCCAACGCUACGACUUUCAACAGCCCAAAUGACAUUACCUGGACAGUCGGUGACGUUACGUUGACAUAUCCCACGACCUACAUUCAAUACCUGGGCUUCGCGGGAGCAGCUGGAUCGAAUGGAGCAUGCGCAGAGGACACCGACGCAAAAAGCAUAAAGCUUCCUGAGUCUACUGUGGGGGAGUCCUUCAUCUACCCGUACACGGACGGUGCCUCGCUGCUGCCGUCUGAGCUGUUGGACUACCUAGGCACGAUACCGACCAUCACCGAGCAGUUUCACGAGGCGGUGCCCGCGACUUGCGCGCCUCUAACCAUUACUCCAGGGCCCAUCUAUACUACUGUCGACUUUCGACGAGAGGCCAAAAGAUAUGAGGGUGCCCGCAGGAAUGUUACAUCCUCUCAAUGUGUAGAAGGGGGGGCCAGAACAGUACAAACUGGUGUAUCACAGACCAAGGGCGUGAGCACACUGCCGAUGAUCAGUGGCCCAACUAAUGACCACACUACCGCCUUUGUGCUAAAUACUGUCACCGGAAGAGCCAUCGUAGUGCCUGGUGAUACUGCAGAGCAAGUCAUGGUCGAUCCUCAGCCUACUCCGACGGACGAUACUAUCGAACGGCCAUCCUCACCAUCCAACGACGAUCAAGACUCACCGCAGUCGACUCAGGCGCCGCCGCAACCAAACAUCCCCGACCUGAUACAAAGUGUAGCUGAGGGGCAGCAAACGGACAACCAGCAAAGCGUGCCUGCGAACAACAUUCCGGACAUCGUUGCCAGUGCCGCAGCGGCUCAGAAAUCCACCGAGGUCCAGCCAGUUGCUUCGCAACCGAAUAGCAAUGGCCAAAAUGGCCAGCCUGCCGCAACUCAAGGGCCAGUCUUUAAUGUGGGCAAUGCGAUUGUGUCCGCUAACUCUCAAGGCAAUUUCCAACUUGGCACACAAGUCUUGACACCUGGCCAUACACUUAACAUUGGAUCAGAAGCCUCGCCAACGCCGGCUGCUCUCCGGGAUAGUGGUGGUUCUACGCGACUUGUCAUUGGCAGCAGCACUUACCAACCCGUUGGUGAGAAUGCACCAGUAGUCACGGCAGUACCAGCUGUAUUCACAGCCGACGGGCAACCAUUCACUGUCAUCCAGAACGGGCCUUCACUCAUAGUCGCAGGCGGAUCCAGCACCCUCACAUUACCACCUGGCUCGACCUCAUCCCUCGGCGAUGUGGAGAUCGCGGCGGGCUUGAGCGGCUCUGCAGUUGUUGCGGACGGAAGCACGCUGCAGGUACCGCAAGUCACUCAACCUCCAACAGCUUUGGUUACCGCGGGCGACCAAACGUUAUCCGCUUUCCAGAGUGAUAGCUCCAUCAUCCUCGUCGAUGAGUUAUCAACCAUUGAAAUUCCUGCAGGCUCCCAAACGAUUAUCGACGGUCACACUUUCAGCGCUGGAUCAAGUGGCAAUGCCAUCGUUUUCGACGGAAGUACCGUGUCAAUCGGAAAUGCUGCUUCACCAACGCCUACGGAAAUGGUCGUAACCGUAGACGGCAACACUUUUACUGCUGUGGAUGAGACAGGCUCUGUCAUCUUCAAAGAUGGAGGUUCAACGGUCACUCUACCACGACUGGAGUAG